AUGUUGUAUUGUGCAUAUCAUGUAAUAUACGUGGUAUCUCACGUUUUAGGUCGAGCUGGACCUCAUAUGGAAGCGGCAGAAUCGAGUUGCACCCCUUCGGUUGAUGCUUCCGUUCCAAAUGCAUGUGAAUUGAAGCGGCGUCGUGUGAGUCGUGGGAAUGACGAAAGCCCAUUCGGCAGCACUUCUCCAGAGCUUGUGUCCACGUUGCCACUGAAAACACUAUCUGUAGAACGGCCUGCGCGUGCUGCAAGUUCGUCUCCACAUUUCACCAACUAUCGAGAAAAUCGCGAUGAGGAGUUUAACCUCGAUCGAAGCAGACCCUUGCGGGCAUCCGUAGGACAUGGAUGUGCGGGCAGUCGACCUACGUUGAGCCAUGGAUUUGCGUCUACACCACGUGUCUCUUCGUCGUACCGUACACGUGAGCCUCGGUAUCCGUCGCCUUCGGACUUCCUUUCGCAUUCGUUUCUCAAACAAGCUGUUAUUUUUGAUCGAAAUGUGCAACUGAAAAAGUUUCUGGAGGGUGGACUUUGGACUCGUUUACGCAACGGGAAUACACCUCCGCGAACCUCUUCGCCACAAUCUGAACCUGUGCCGACAAACAAGCCUGUAUCCGAGAGAAAGUCGAAGACAACGAAACGAAAACGUGAUCCAUGAGUCUUCGGGUUGACUGCUGCUAGCGCCUUCCUUUUUCCAUUUUGCUGGCUCCUUCCGCGUUACAUGAAUGGCGCAUAGUUGUGUUGCUUUGUGUCAAUAUUCAUCUGUAAAAUGAUGACUAAGUCAGCUCAAGGCAUGUGUGUGAGUUCCCCUCUUAAUUUUUGAAUCCACCUGCCUCGAGCAUUGACCAUGAUGUCCUCUUCCAAAAUCGUUCAGUCAUGCGGAUUGUAAUAUAUGAUAGGUUUCAAGAUAGUGCUAUUGUGUAAUAGGCUUGUGUGAUAGACGUUCUUCCUUCUGCACAUAAUCUUUUUUAUGCGAUACUGUAGUGUUCCGAAAAUUUACUUUCUUUUUUUUGCCUUUUUCUCCAUACUUUCUUCUCGGUUAGUAUUUUCGGUGCCGAAUGUUCCGCUUUAGUACUUGUGAGUGAUUAGAUUGGGCACUCUGCUCUUGUUCUCUGAACAUUUGGCUUGAUGACGGGUGCUUCUCUUCACCUCUUGUAAAAUCUUCUCGAUGUUUUCAAGGUGUCCUUAAAUCUGUAAAUAGGUUUGAUCUCUGUACUAUAUUGUUGUGUCGUAUUUUGGACAUUAUAUAGCAUUUUACUGGUAGUAAUCAUUUGGUACAAUUACGUGGUAAAUUUAAAUGUCAAAGAAGAUCGUUUAUCUAAGAAAUUAGCUUAUCUGCAAUGUAGUUCCUGCAUGUUUGUUGAUAUUUAAUAAACUGCUUAGACUCA